ACCAUGUCCAGUCCCCCGGCCAGCGAAUCAGCCAUAUCACCCGCUGCGCACAGUACAGAUGCUCAAUGUAGUGUCAAUUAUCAACUCACAUGAAUCGUUUACGACGCACAGAGGAACUGGAUUAAAAUUCGACGACGGAUAUAGUGGGUACUGGAUCAAGAACCGUUCAACAGCAUUGGGAACAUCCCUAUGCUAUGUUCAUCAAGUCUGCUGAUCCAAAGGCUAUAUAACUGCAAUCCAUGCAUUGACCACUGCUCCCAACUUUCUUCCUCUCUUCACCCAUUUGCAAUGAGUUUCUUCCAAGAAGCCUGCGGUGUUUCGAUUGGACAGGGCACAUUCAACGCGAUUACGGGAAACCAGAGAAAUCAUUUCUAUAAAGAGAUGGUUCAGCAGAAGAAGGAGCAUACGAUAUACGACGAAUUCUACAGGAUUAAGCUUGGUGCAGUACAUAGAAUCCGGGAUAUACAUUGUGAAAUUUACCCAAGGCGAUGGGACGUCAGUGUUAGGGAGCGGUGGGAAGAGAGACGCCUUCGUGUCGAUCGAACGAUUUGUGUUGCCAAAAUCCGUGGUGAAAAGGGCUCGAGAUUCACGGUAGUUUCGUACGGUGGACCAGAAAAGGAUGAGGCAUGGAAGACAGACUUUCAAUGGUUUUCGAAAGCUCCAAACACAACGAAGAUGCAACUGUUCGGUAUCAACCGGGCGGCGAGUGUGCCUCUGCUGAUAUUUCAUGGAGAGCUUCUGCCUCUCGACCAUUUCUGGCAUAGGCUUGGAGUGCUCGGACGAGGUUAUGCACGAACAUUGGCUUGGAAAAUAUGGAACUGUAGGCCAUCUAAGGUGUGGAUAGAUCCCGAGCGAGGCACGUUGGUUCGUGGAGUAAAGGGGCCCGCUCGCAGGCUAUUUGAAAGUUUGAUUCGUGAAGUGAUGGGGCCCGCUCGCUUUCGAUUUCGAUUCGGUUUCGCCGCUGUCGAGACGCUGGCAUCAAGUGUCGAACUUCUUCUCGACGAAGAUGUUUGCUUCCGCUACUUGUCUCGGUUGCCAUUGGUCAAGGAAUUCGACAGAGACAUCAUUGAUAUGCUCCACUGCACGUCCGAGAUAGUAGAAGAGAAAUCUCCGAUUCAUAAUCAACCCUACAUCCUUUCUAGUAAGACGGAUUCCAUAAUCGCAGUCGGGACCAGCUCCUGGUAUGGAGAUCAGUGCCUUGGCGACCGAGUCGUUAUGCCAGAUGGAAGAACAAGAUUUACUCUUACAGACGAAAGCUCAAUUCUGAGAUUACGCUCCGACAGAUUCCGUGAUAAACGUGCCUGGCUCUCACAGGCGUGGAGUAUCUUUGACAGAUUUGGAAUUUCAUCGAACGACGAUCUGUCGUCUUACACUCAUCCUGCCAUACUUCCACUUAAGAGAACUAAUUAAAUACUCGCUACGAAGGUCAAAAGGUCCACCAAUAUACUUCUUUCUUCCACUACGCGAAGACGGUUCAUGGUCUUAUGACGAAGAUGGAGAAACACCCAUCCCACGCCAUCGUUGUGACUACCUUGGUCUACCCGCAGACCUUGAGGUGAACGGCUCCGUAUACAAACAUUGCUGGUCUAGCAAGACGUACAAAACCAUACACAAAUGGCAGAUCGCAAGAGGAUUUGAUCCAACCACCACCAACUUCACACGUUACCUCGGAUAUCCCAUAUAUGAAGUUCAGCCAGAGUCAGGGUCAGCUAGGUGUGAAGAAUUGGGUGCGGGCCCCUCUGAAGCAUUGAAUGUUGUGGAGAAUCUAUGCAGUGAUGGUCAAGGUCAAUCCACGAUCAGUUCAAUUUGGUCAGUACUCACAGCUCCGUUCACGUACGCCGCCGUUAAGGAAUCAAACAUUUCGGCGGCAUUGAUGUAGUCGGAGCGAUGUGGUCAAUUCGGAGAAUGGUUCAGCAUUGGGCUGUAACCACGGCUUUAUGUUAUUACAAUUCACAUCUCAUGUACUAGUAAGACGACCGGGUCAAUUUCAACACUUAUGUAGGUUCUAGACGACCUCUCUCCUAAUCAACUACACAAAAACAUCGCAAUCGUAUUGAUAGAUUUUCAGCAACCAAUUAAUCAAAUAGAUCUCAAGCACACACAUCAAGAAAGCCAAAAAAAAAGAUCCAACUCCUAACAGAUCCUUCAGUCCUCCUCCCUAAACACC